AUGUCAUCCGUAUCGAGCGCCGGGAAAGUGCUUCCGGCGCAACUCGCCUUCCUCACGAUCUACAAUCCCGCCUUCGGUGACAGCGAUGAGACGGAAUACGAGCAGAUCUUCUUCCAUUACUCGAAUGAUCAGCAUGUUCGGAAACAUCAGACGCUGUUCAAGGACAGGCCUGACACGCACAACAAAGCUGCAACAGAGGUAAUUGAAGCCGUGAAGAAUGAGCAGCUGCGUCAGGUAGGUCUUGCUCGUGGCAUGGUCGACUUCGCCAACAACUUCUCCAACGGCACCUCUGUCAGUGCCAUUGAGACCGAGAAGUCCAGGAUUGUUCUACAUGAGCUAGAGCCCGGAUGGUGGAUUCUGGUGUCUAUUGAUCUGACUCGGCUGCCUGCUGCUGCAAAACAGCAGUCACCACCAGAUUCGAAUGUGGAAUUCUCUUCCCGGGAAGUCGCACCUGGGCAGCUGCUCAUAGCUCAGCUGCAACGAGCUCACGAUAUCUUCUUGCUUCAUCAAGCGGCAAAUCUCAAUGACCUGCAUACUCGUCUGGGACGUCCAAGGUUCAGUGCAGUGCUUGAAAAAUACUGGACCAGGUUCAGCAGCCGGUGGGACGUGCUGCUUCACGGAAAUCCCAUAGUGGACGUCUACAAUGGCACGAAGCUGGCGGGUGGAGGUGAGCUCGGGAUAGGUGUGGGCGAAGAGGAAUGGGGCAGCGGCGAACGUGAAGUUCUGGAAGACUUCGUCCAUCGGACCGAAGGCCUCAAGGAUCUCAUUGUGGGUCGCUAUGGCGAUGCUGCUCCUGCAGUCGAUCUUCCAGAAAAGACCGCUCAGGAUCCAACACCCUGGCUCGGCACUGGCAAUGAGCCUCUGGCUGCGGAUGGUCUUGUCUUCUCCGGCAUAGGUGCUCUGUCGAGGCGCUCUCUUGCGACUGUGUCCCAGUGGAUGGAAGCAAUAUCCACGGAUGGCGACAAUGCUUACGGCGUGGGUGAUAAUCCAAGCUCUCGGCCCAGAGCACGAAGAAAGAAGCAGAGGACGGAUGCACGACUUCAUGGCAGGCAGCCGCUCCAUGAGGGAGUCCUGAGCCCGAAGUAUCGUCACUCUCGUGAUAAGUCGCCAGAUUCCGGCAAAGCGACGAGGAAUGGCUCCUCUGCUCCGCCCCGAAUCCCUCCACCUGUUACCGGCAUCGUCGAAAGAGCGCUCGCGGACGCAACGAGAAGUGCAGAGGAGAGUGACAAAUCGCCACGCGCAGCAGAGCAUUCCGGAUCGUACUUCGACUCUGAUAAAAUGGUCAGCUAUCUAAAGCUCGGGUAUGGUUCGAGCUGGACUCUAAAUCCGAAGGGUUUUUCAGCUGGACAGAAUGAGGAAUCAAAUGCAAAACAGCCCGACACGUGUGAAGUAUCUGUGAAGGACACCGUUCCAGAGACUCCACAGGAAGAACUCAAUCAGAUCGAUCCAGUCCCCGAGAUGAGCGAUAACGAUGAGCAUGCUGCAGCGCCUUUCGUCCAGCGUGUCGAGCACUCGAUAGGUCGCUUCCUCAUUGGCCUUCCUGGCGAUCUUGAGAACGCCGAGUUCGAGGCCGAAGCCACCGACGAGCCUGGUCAUGAGACAGCUAUAGACGCAGCCCGGGACAGCUCGCGUAUCUUCAUGAGGACAGUCACUGUGCAACUCGACCAUCGACACCGCUCACAACGCCGUAAUUCGACGUCUCCGAUCAGAUCGUCCGAAAGUCAUGACAAACUACGGGUGAUCGUCUACGUACACAGACCAUUCAUUUUCGUUUUCCUGUUCGAUCUCCAGACUGCCUCCUUGACGAUGCCAAGUUCCUAUCGAUCUAUCCACCAUCAGCUAGGACCUCUACAGAAGCCGUUAUUACGCAGCACAGAUCCUGCUCGUAUCCCUGAACGCCUCAUGGACGUGCUAGGCGACAAAGUCAAUCAGCUUGGCUCUGCUGGCAUAUACGACUGGAUCUAUGAUCCUGCAAAGCUCACUGUCCGGACAAGCAUUCCCAACAUCCCACUCCCGGGCAGUUUAGCUGCUGAGGGUAUGCUUGGAGUGACAUCUGGGGCAAAAUCAGCUCAAAGCCGCAGUGCUUCAGGCGCAUGGUACACGCUGGGCAUACCGAUAGGAGCGCCUUCUCCACCUCUUGUCGAAGCUAGCUCCGCCGCUUCUCGUCAGAACACAACACUCGUCCGAUCUGACUACACACGUCUCGAUGCUUUGAACAUCCACUCUCAGCUCCUCCACACCUACAUCGCCACACGACCUGGGCAAGGUGGCGAAGACGAGAUAGAACGUACCGUCAAGACCGCUCGAGGCUGGUGGAUAGUCUGGAUGCGCAGCUCCUUAAGCCCGAGCACUACCCUUCCAGUCACACCAAAUGACAGUGCAGCUCCCAGUCCAGGUCCUGCCGUUCCAAAUCAGCUUUCUCGUCAGCAACGCGAGGGGUCAAGACCUGACUUCGACGGCCGUGGUGUCGAGAUCGAGGCUUUCCUGGUGCGGCGAGCCAUCGAUCCUGGGAAUGCUAAAGUUGAGCAGAAGCGCAACGGCAGUAGUGGGAGAUGGCUUGGUCUGGGAGGUAGCGACGCUGGUAGGUCUGUGAGUGGGGCUAGUGCUGCAAGUUCAUCCGUCGCGACGCCUACGAGUGCGAGAGGCGUUGUGGAGGGGAUGGGCAUUGAUGCAAGGAAGUGGGUUGAGGCUUUAGCUAAGCUGAGUUGCUAA